AUGCACUUCUCUGCUCCCAUCGUUGCUCUUCUCGCCCUCGCGGCUGGCCCGGCCUACGCCGGCAACGUUAAGGAAUACGGCCAUACCACCUCGACUGUUCCCCACUCGACCACUUCUCACACGACCUCGACCGUGCCUCACCCGACUUCGCCCUCGACGACAAAGCCUCCGGUGACUAACCCGACUGCUCCUCCGCUGUCGACGGGCGUGCACGGCAAGAAUGCUACCACGACCAUCUACAUCAACGGCACUUGCACUCAUUGCUCCAAGACCACUCCCGGCAGCGUCAUUGUUCCAACCGGCGGUGCUGGCGGCCACGGCGGUUCUAGCGGUUCCGGCUCUGGCUCUGGCUCUGGAUCUGGUGCUGGCGCUGGUGCUGGGUCUGGCUCCUCUGGCUCCGGCUCUGGUUCUGGCUCCGGCUCUGGUUCUGGCUCCGGUUCUGGCUCCGGUGCAGGUAUCACUCCUCCUGCCCCCAAGGUCUCCUCCACCUUCGUGCCAUCCAACCCCGGCUCCAAGCUUGCUUCUCCAGGCGCUACAUACGUCUCUGCCGCCGUACUCAGCGGUAUUGUCGGUGCUUUCAUGCUCAUGGCAUAG